GUAAAUGCUCCAGGAGUGGUCAAAUGCCCCGCCCUUCAGCUAGGACACCGUGUUAUAAGCAAACCCUCCUGUACCCGUGGCUCAAGUGUGGUAGGGACGGCCUGUCCUUUUGAUUGUCAUAAAGGCUUCAGACUGGUUGGACCGGCUGUCAAACACUGUCAAAUGGAUGGCACAUGGACCGAUGCGGCACUCCCAGUUUCCUGUGAUGGUAUGUGUACAAAGAGGACACUGUUUUUGAUGAUGGGCAAAAUACGCACUCUAAUGUUUCUUCACCUGACAAAAAAAUAUCUGAAAAAUUUAUUGGGAAGCAGUGAGAGUAAGCGCUAACCUGCAGAGUCUUUCCCAGGGGAGUGAGGUACUCCCUAUAAUGCCCUAUGCGGACAGGCUCCACCCGAAAGGGUACCUUUUUCAGGCUUCAGGUAUAUAUAUGAAAGGGCAGGGAUUUUAGGAACCGAAGUAUAUGAAAGGGUACGGAAAUCUAUCAUUACGGUCUGUUAAGACUCAAAAGGAGCUUCAGAUGCAUUUUAUUUCUCGGAAAAAGUUGAGAAAAUCUCCCGGUUUUGUGAUUUAUUCAUAUUUGAAAGACAGUGCAUUUACAGCAGUUAAAAGGGAUGAAAAGUUCUAAACAAGGUAUGUGAAAGGGGUACCAUUUGUCAAUAGAAGGUAUACAAAAGGGGUAUCUUUUCUGUCAAAAAUGGUAUAUAAAAGGGUAAAGAGUUAGACCUUGGAGCGGAGCCUCCCUGAACAAAACUUUUUUUAGCACCUUUUCCUUCCCCCCUCCCCCGCCCCCCGAAAAAAAACGCAGGUUUGAAACACUCAUGGCUUCUGCAAGGAACCCAUAACCCUGCUUCUGUAAAAUUUUCCUGCUAGCAGAGGUCUCUCACGACGAGGCGAAAAUACCUCUUCUAGCAGGGAACUGUAAAAUGUUCUUUUUCUCUCUCAUUUUAUUUAAAUUGUCUUUAAUCUUAACCCUGCAGACAUAAAUGAAUGUGACAUUAACAAUGGCUUCUGUAGUCACAUCUGUGAGAAUACCGCGGGAAGUUACAAAUGUAAAUGCCCUAAACCGCUCUACUUGGAUCCAACAGAUCAGAGAACUUGUAGAGGUGAGUAAUGAGAGGGAGAUGACCCACAUUUCGUAUUACAUCAAGGGGUUAUGUCACCAGCAUAGUACUGUUUUAGGUCAAUUCUGUGCUCAAGUCGGAUCAUUAUACGUUUCUGGCAAACUGCCCACCUAGCCCUCCUCUAAGCCAACAUUAACACUUACUUCUCACUUAGGGCAAAAUAUUGGCUUAGGGGAGGGGAAGUCAUUACUUAGUGUCCUCACCCACCUCACCCACCCACAAAAUGGUCCUGGGGGCCGGUUUCUCGAAAGUUCCGGUAACUUUUUGGCCCUGAAGGCAAAUUUUAAAAUCCAAACCUGUUGUACAGUUCCUAGCCCACAAACUAGUCAAUUUUGCUUCGUUAGCUUCUAGUUUUAUUGCAUCACUUUUAAAACUGUUGAAACUUUGAUCUCGAAUGCAAACACAAAACAGCUUUCCGGGCCCAAAUUUCACCUGGGAACACUAACCAUAAUAUAUUUAUUUGGUGAUAGUUGCAGGCAUGGCAUGAAACUUGACAAAGUUGGCCCGGGUUCUAGCAGAAAACAGGCUUUUACCGUUGCUUUUCGGGGGAGAGGUAGGGCGGGCGGAGUUGACUACCUAUUCUUCUUAGUCUCUAGUUUCGUAAUAAAGAGCUUUCAGGGCAAAGCUCAGGUGCACGAAGCUCGAUAAAUUUGGGUGAGACACUUCUCUGAAUACCUCACUUAAGAAAAAUCGACAGGCCUGAAUCUUUGUGAGUUUUUACAGAUAGUCGUUUUUAUAUGUCGAUAGCUCAUGGCGUCCAGCUCACUUGCAAUCCAAACCACAUGGAAAUUGUUCUUCCCAAAAACCUUAUCCACAACCUUGGAGACGAGCACUUGAGUCUUCUGGACCCCAAGUGCAGAGCUAAUGGCAACGCCACCCACUACAGUCUGUCUACUAAUGUGACAGGGUGCGGAACGCGGUCUCACGUGUACAAAAACUUCAUCGUCUACACCAAUAGGGUGCUGGAAUCACCCAAUGAGGAUUCUGACGUCAUCACCCACGUGGGAAAAAAUGAGAUCAAGGUACUUGAACAUAGAAACCUGAUAAAUAGCAAACUAAUUAAGAAUAACUGGGUGAACUUGUCAUUUUCAAAAGUGACGGAGGUGUUCAUCGAAGCUUCGGAUAGUAAAAGAGCGCAGGGUAGCAACCCUCAAGGUACUGAGUCAAAAGGUCUUUAUAAGAACUAUUUUCCACUUUAGUAAACCUAUGUGCUCUUCGCUACUUAGAAGAGCCAUGACUGAUCACAAUCUAAAAUUGGCUCACACUACCCAUCAUAUUUCGCAUCACUUUUGACAUGCUUAAAGUGGUAAGAUCUGGUGUUAUUUCUAAAUCAUAAUGUAUUAACUGUUAUCCUUGAGGAGUCAUUCAACCCCGCCAAACUAAGGACUUCCAGUACUUCUUAACAGCUUUUCAACCUUCCGAAGAUUAGCGUCAUCAUCUUUCGUGCGAAAUUCCCCUUAACCUCGCGCGCGAAAAAUUAUGGCGAAAACUUUUGCUCAUGGUCGUACCGAGCUGAACAAUACUUUUGCGUCCUUUUCUUGAUCAAGGUGCCCUUCAGCUGUUAUUUUAAUGACCUGGAAAUUGUCAGCGCCGUUGGAUUCAAACCUGUGGCUCAAAAGAUUCAUGUCUACGUCAAGGGCCGUGGAAACUACGCGCUCAGUCUGGACAUCUUCAAAGAUAAGACUUAUGGCGAGGGGGGCAGUCGAGCAGUCAUAUCGGGAUCCCCCAAAUACACGGAGGCAGACUUUCCUGUCAGCGUGCAUCUGCGUGAGAGACUGUAUGUGCAGGCGUCUCUGGACACGCGUGAGACGGACCUCAAGAUAUUCGCGUCUAAUUGCUGUUCCACGCCUAUGCAGGAUCACGAGGCCACAAUGAAAUUCAGGCACACUUUGAUCACGGAGGGGUAAGUAAAGAGAGUUACCAAUAUUACUUUUCCAUUCAUUCUAAGAGUGCCAUAAACCUUCUCAAAAUUUAAGAGUGACUUCACGGAACUCUAUCACAUUGCUUAAUUAAUUUUGGAUAAGAGACCAAUGUUGGGAGGUUUCAUACAUGUUAUGCCUUUUCUGUAAUCACCAAACAAGCCACUUGUUAUGGUCGCAAUAAAUCUUGGGCGUUUGCCGCCAUUAUUGAAGCCGGAAAUAUGCAACGCUCAUUGCUUCGCUGUGAUUGGCUAUUAUUCGACGCGUGAAAAAAAUAGGUGCUUUUCAAAGUAUAGGUUGACUCGAAGUAUUGGUAUGAGAGAUGAAGGUUCCUUUUGAGUGAAAGCAUUACAUUUUUCACACACGUUGGGGGGCUACUGGUCAAGUUGCAAAGCGUCAAGAAUCCUCUCAGUUAUCAGUAAAUUUAGAUGGGUUUACCUUACAAUAAAGAUUUUUAAGAAGUUAUUUAGGGCGAUGAGCCAGCAAUCCUAAUCUCCAGGUUGUUUUUACGCAUGCGUCGCAUGUAUGUAGCCAGCAUUCGUUUGGGCUUCCACUAAGAAUGUAUGGAAUUUACAGAACACACUUUAAUCACGCGCGUUUGGACCUUCUACCACUCGUAAUCUGAUCACGCGUGUUUUGACCAUCUGUCACGUGAAACUUACGCAAAGCACAGCGCUGGAGAAAAAGCGUUUUGACCUUCGAGCGUUGUCUCCCGCACUCUGUAACCUUUGGUUAUCACUAGUAAGGUAUAACCAUAAGCUUUGCGCUUUUUUCUUCUCAGUUGCCCAGUGGAUCCCAGUGUUCAGUUCCACAACUCCUCUGAUCCAACCAAAAUUCGAUUCAGUUUCGAAGUAUUCAAGUUCCUUGGUGACCACGACUAUGUCUUUAUACACUGUCGAGUUCACGUCUGUGACGCCAACGACCCCAACUCCCGCUGUGCAAAAGGAUGCAUGAAAGGUAACAGCUCUGUGUCACAAGACCAAGGUAAGAAACCUGUGGUACAGUCAAAUGGCAAACGCAUAAAGAAGACAAAGGUCUCGGAGAAGCGCACAGGGGAACCAUUAGCUGUACAAGAACAGAAAACAGGUACAAAGCUUCACGUUGCUGCAAAGAGGACUAUUGGUAAGCCUGUGGCUGAAUCAAAACCUAAGCGCGGGAAGGUACCAGGACAGAAGUUUUCGCCCAGUAAAAUAAAGCUUCACGCUGCUGCAAAGAAGACUAUUGCUAAGCCUGUGGUGGAAUCAAAACCUAAGCGCGGGAAGGCACCGUUACACAAGUCUUCGCCCAGUAAAAUAAAGCUUCACGCUGCUGCAAAGAAGACUAUUGCUAAGCCUGUGGUGGAAUCAAAACCUAAGCGCGGGAAGGCA